AUGGCAUUGUGUAUUCUUUGGAGGGGGCCUGUGGAGGGACCCACCCAUGACAGCACACGUUACUUGAGUGAGGGCCUUGAGAACAGGAUAAAGAUUGCUGCCCCGGGAACUUGUGUCUAUGGUGAUCUGGCUUAUCGUGAAUCCGAUAUCUUAAGAAAACCCUGUAAUAGUGUUAGUAUAGGAAGAGUUGCCCAUGAUUAUCCGUUUUUAUCUGAAGAAGAAGUUAUUGAUGCGCAGAAUGAAAUGAUAGAGCAUAAUGUCUUGAUGUCGUCAAUUCAAGUCAGAAUUGAAAAUCAUUUUGCUGACAUGCGUAAGCAAUUUAAAUUUUUCAAGCUCACUGAUAAAAAUCGUAUAGGUAAAUCACCAGUGGGCCUUUUCUUCUUCUGUGCUGUACUCUUUACCAAUAUCAAGACAAUAUUCAAGAAAACAACAGACCUUUCAGGGGAAGAAUAUCUUUCUUGGGAGAAGCUUAAUGAUGAGGAUGAAGAUAGUGACUUUGAUCAUGAUACAGAACUUGGGUCUGGAUAUGAGGACAUCUUGCAAUGA